CAAUUUUGUCCCUCAAGGGAACGGGAGAUAUCAAGUCGAUUAUGGGAGCUUGUUGGACUAUGUUGCCGCCGGUGGAAUAAAAGAUAGAAGAGAAGCAAGAGAACAACUCCUACAGCAAGAGGAAUCUCUUCGGCAGUUGGAGGAGACGCAGUUGGAUGAGCUGCUCAAUGCGGUUUCACGCCUCACAGAAGUCGAGCGCUUUCUCCAGGAGGAGUUUGGUGUUUACAACACUUACCGUGAUAUCUCUCCGUACCAUAGUAUGGCCCACUGGACCUUCAAGCUAGCGAUGCUGCGGAAGCACACCAGGGACG